AUGGCUGAUCCUUUAGAAGACUUGGCCGAGAUUCUUCGCCGUCGGGCUCGAGAGAGGGGUCAUAUGCCCCAGGUCCCACAUACGGAUUAUAGGCUUCAGCUCCCACCACAAACGGAUUAUAAACCUCAGUCCCCACAAAUGUUUUUGAGGAAAAGUGGUAAUGAUGGGUUUGAGGACUUUUGUUUUGAGGGUGCAGAUGCAGAGGAAACCUUUCAGUCACCACAUACCCCACACACACCGAUGGCACCGAACACGCCAUUGACACCGCAUGGCUCCGCCUCUAGAGGUAUUUCAAGAGGUCACGAUUCGAAUGCGAGUGAUUUUCACGCCUCAUCGUUUGGGGAUCAAAAAACCCACAACGCGUGUAUUCAUCUCUUUUGGGAGAAUUUAGAUCAUCCGUGGGCCCGGUUCAGUGAUAUUCCAAAUGAGGCUCUUCUACAGAUGUUUUCGCGUUUCGGGACAAUGUACAGGUGGCAUUCACCAGAGAAUGAGAACAUAUUUGAUGCAUUCAAGUGUGUCCUCAAGGAUAGAUACAGAGAUAGGAUGAAAGAGAAGUGGCAAAAGAAUUCAAAAAUCGCUCAGCAGAACCGCAACACCGCAGAUUCUAGUGGGUCAACAGCAAGACACACUGCGGGUAGUAUAGGAUUUGAGCAGCACCAUAGGAAAUUAGAAAAAUUGAUGGGUAAACCACCCACACAAUAUGAUGUUUUCGUGAAGAUGCAUGGCACUGUCGAGUCAAAGAAAAAAUAUUUUGAGGGAAAUCAUGAAAAUAUUGAAUAUUGUUCGCAGACGGCCAAAGAAGCACUAGAGGGGUAUCUGCAGGGGUUGGUCAACAAAUUUGGUGAAGAUCCUUCAAAUCGUAAGGAUGAUGUAGAUGUAUGGGAGGAAAGCCAACUUAGAAGAAAAGGAAAGAAGAAGGGUGCUAUUUAUGGUAUAGGAGCAUCGGAUAUGCAUUUUUUGGUUUUAGGGACUCCAUCUUCCCAAUCCACGCAGUCCACCCAGUCGGAUAGCACACAACAAGAGGGUAUGAGUUGGGUUCAUAUUAAUAUCAAGGUGGAGUUGGGAAAGUUUACACGUAGGGCUUUUUUUUUAGUCCUUAGGUGAAGAUUGCAAUGUUGUUGAGGACUCUCACCACCUGGUUUACACAUUUCAUGACAUGCCGGUGGUGGUGAGAUGACUAGGAGGUGGUGUUGGUGGUGAAGGAGCUAACUUAGGAGGUGAUGGUGGAGACUUGCCAUGAAUAUACGGUGUAGGUGGUGGAGGAGACUUUGGAGGCGGUGAUGGUGACUUUCCAUGAAUGGGUUGUGGUGGUUUAGGUAUUGGAUCAGGUAUAGGAAGUUUAGGUAUAGGAAGUUUAGGUAUUGGAGGUAAUGGAAUAGGAAGCGCUGAUUUAGGAGGCGAAGGUGAUUUAGGGGGUUCAGGUUCUUUUUCAAUAGGAGGUUUGGGUUCCUUUUUCUUUGGAGGUUUGGGUUCCUUCUUCUUAGGAGGUUUUGGUUCUUUUCUCUUAGGGGGCCUGGGUUCCUU